AUGUCCGCGGACGCCUGGGAGCCAGAGUCCGAGCCGGGACCCGAGCCGGGACCCGAGCCGGGACCCGAGCCGGGACCAGAGCCGGACCAGUUGUGCUCCGAGCACGGAGAGCCUCUGAACUGGUUCUGCCUCUUCGAGAGACGGCCGGUAUGCGCCGCCUGCGCCAGGUUGGGCGGCCGCUGUCACGGGCACCGCAUCCGCCGGGCGGAGGAGCACGCCGAGGAGCUGCGAAACAAGAUUGUGGACCAGUGUGAGAGGCUGCAGCUACAGAGCGCGGGCAUCACCAAGUAUGUGGCAGAGGUCCUGCAAGGGAAGAGCCAGAAAGCAGUGAGCAUGGCUAGUGCGGCAAGGGAGCUGGUUAUCCAGAGGAUGAGCCUGGUGAGGAACCUGUGUGAGAGUGAGGAACAGCGGUUGCUGGAGCAGGUGCUCGGCGAAGAGGAGCGGGCUCACCAGAGUAUCCUGACUCAGCAGACACAUUGGACUGAGGCACUGAAAAAGCUGGACACCCUCCGUACCAGCCUGGUGGGCAUGCUUACCCAUCUGGAUGACCUCCAGCUGAUUGUAAGUCAGGAGAGGCAGAAGGAGCAUGAGAUUGUUGAGAGGGCUGAGGAAGCAGAGGGCGUUUUGGAUCCCCAGGAGUCGGACAAAUUAAGCUUUAACGAGAAGUGUGCUUGGAGCCCACUACUGACGCAACUCUGGGCAACGUCGGUUCUCGGGUCUCUCCCAGGCAUGGAGGAGGUGCAUAUCAAUGAAAGGACUGUCAGCCCCUUAUUGCAUUUGUCUGAAGAUCGACGGACCCUGACCUUCAGUGCCAAGAAGUCCAAGGCCUGCUCAGAUGACCCCGAACGCUUUGACCACUGGCCUAACGCCUUGGCUGCCACCACCUUCCAGGCCGGACUCCACGCCUGGGUAGUGAAUGUUCAGCACAGCUGUGCUUAUAAAGUGGGUGUUGCCUCAGCCCAGCUGCCUCGAAAGGGCUCUGGCAGUGACUGCCGCCUGGGCCACAAUGCCUUCUCCUGGGUCUUCUCCCGCUAUGCUCAAGAGUUCCGUUUCUCACACAAUGGGCAGCACGAGCCUCUGGCGUUGCUUCGGUGCCCAGCACAGCUGGGCGUGCUGCUGGACCUCCAAGCAGGAGAGCUGGUCUUCUGUGAGCCUGCCUCAGGGACGGUGCUUCACAUCCACCGCGCGUCUUUCCCUCGACCGCUGCUCCCAGUCUUUGCUGUGGCUGACCAGGUCAUCUAUCGCUCACCAGUGGCCACAGUGAGGCCAGAUUCACGCCCCCAUCACCCUUGCAGGCCAGGCCAUGCUUCCAGUUAG